UGCCAAACCGUAUCAAACCGGAAUCGGAGCAUUCUCAAACUUUAUCUUUGGAUAAAACUCAAAGAGGUCUAAGAAACAAGCACGUGGCCUUGUACAUCAUUCUGCAUGCAGCCAUGUUGUUCAUCAUCAGACACUAUACGUCAAAACCUGCCUCAAAAAUUAAUUUUUCCCCAAUACUAAAAAUAAACAAGAAUACCUUUUCCCUAUUUCAACUUAAGUGCUCGUGUCUAUCUUCUCUCCUUCGUUUUUGAUAGCCUAGUCCCAAAAAAAACUCUGAUUGUGUCCCAAGUAAAGAGAAAUGGUGGAUCUAUUGAACUCGGUGAUGAAUCUGGUGGCUCCGCCGGCCACGAUGGUGGUGAUGGCCUUCUCAUGGCCAUUACUGUGUUUCAUUACCUUCUCCGAGCGGCUUUAUAACUCUUAUUUUGUGACUGAAGACAUGGAGGAUAAAGUCGUCGUCAUCACCGGAGCUUCCUCCGCCAUCGGAGAGCAAAUAGCAUACGAAUAUGCAAAGAGGGGAGCAAACUUAGUGUUGGUGGCGAGGAGAGAGCAGAGACUGAGAGUUGUGAGCAACAACGCCAGACAGAUUGGAGCCAACCACGUCAUCAUCAUCGCUGCUGAUGUCGUCAAAGAAGAUGAUUGCCGCCGUUUCAUCACUCAAGCCGUCAACUAUUACGGUCGCGUGGAUCACCUAGUGAAUUCAGCGAGUCUUGGACACACGUUUUACUUCGACGAAGUGAGUGACACGACCGUCUUUCCGCAUUUGCUGGACAUAAACUUCUGGGGGAAUGUCUAUCCGACGUAUGUAGCGUUGCCACACCUUCAAAAGACCAAUGGCCGGAUCGUUGUGAACGCAUCGGUCGAGAAUUGGCUGCCUCUACCGCGGAUGAGUCUUUAUUCCGCUGCAAAAGCGGCACUAGUCAACUUCUACGAGACGCUGAGAUUCGAGCUAAAUGGAGAUGUCGGAAUAACUAUCGCGACUCACGGGUGGAUAGGGAGUGAGAUGAGUAGAGGAAAGUUCAUGCUAGAAGAAGGUGCUGAGAUGCAGUGGAAGGAAGAAAGAGAAGUACCUGCAAAUGGUGGACCUCUAGAGGAGUUUGCAAAGAUGAUUGUGGCAGGAGCUUGCAGGGGAGACGCAUACGUGAAGUUCCCAAACUGGUACGACGUGUUUCUCCUCUACAGAGUCUUCACGCCGAAUGUGCUGAGAUGGACAUUCAAGCUGCUGCUCUCUAGUGAGGGUUCACGUCAAAGCUCCCUUGUUGGGGUCGGGCAAGGUCUGCCUCCAGAGGAAUCCUCUUCACAAAUGAAACUUAUGCUUGAAGGAGGCUCACCUCGGGUGACUGCUAGCCCACCUCGGUAUACUCCCAGUCCAAGCCCACCUCAUCACACUGCUAGCCCACCUCGGUAUACUCCCAGUCCAAGCCCACCUCAUCAUACCUCAAGCCCACAACGGUAUACUCCCAGCCCAAGCCCACCCCAUUAUACCUCAAGCCGACAUCGCUAUACCCCAAGCCCGAGCCCACCUCAUUAUACCGAAAGCCCUCCUCUGUAUACCGAAAGUCCACCUCACUAUACCACAAGCCCAAAUUGGUAUACCGAAAGCCCUCCUCGAUACACCCCAAGCCCAAGCCCACCUCGGUUUUCACGUUUUAAUAUCCAAGAGUUACCAUAGGAAGUGAAUGGAGAAUCAA